UUCAAAUUAGUUAAGUUGUUCACGUAAAACGACCUGGAAAUUAUGAGUUAACGAAAGAAAUUUGAAGAAAUUAGUGGUCAUUGUGGUAUAUCGAUGAAGUAUCAGUAAAAGUGACGUCAAAAAUGAUAAAAAACAGCAGCUAAAUCAAGACUGUUGGACGAUAAUUAAUGAAGCAUGUGACAAAAUCUUGUAUUAACAAAGUUCUUUGAAAUUUCUUCUGUGUCUGUGGGAACAAUUUGAAUCCAAUGGCGACGUCCCAACUAUGUUCUUGUUUUGGCCAGCUUCGGCCAAAAUAUAAACGAAAGGUGGACCAAAUUUUUCCAAGGGACGCUAGAGAUGGAUUAGUGAAAUCAAACAUGGAUAAAUUAAUAUUUUAUGCCCUUUCUUCCCCAGAGAAGUUGGAUCGAAUAGGGGCGUAUUUAAAUAGGAAGCUGGAAAGUCAUAUCUACUGGAGACGGUAUGGGUUUGUUCUAAUCACAAUGGAAGCUAUGGAGCAACUAUUGUCUGCAUGUCAUGCACCUGAUAUUAACUUAUUUGUAGCUAGCUUUCUUAAGAUGGUGCAAAAAUUGUUGGAAAGUUCUGAGACAGAUCUUCAAAUCAGGGGGACUGAGUCAUUUGUUAUUUUUGCCAACAUUGAAGAAGACACACCAUCAUAUCAUCGAGAGUAUGAUUUCUUUGUAUCAAAGUUCAGUGAGAUGUGCUAUCAUGACUGUGGAACCUUGGAAGAGGAUAAGAAGAUAAAGAUUGCAGGCUUGAGUGGACUUCAAGGCAUCUUCCGUAAGACUGUAUCUGAUGAUCUUCAAGUUAAUAUUUGGGACCAGGAAUUCAUGGGGAAGAUCAUUCCAUCAUUGUUGCAUGUCCUGGAACAUGGUCAAUCCAAUCAGGAAGCCCCAAUAAAUUCAGAAAAUGAGCCCUGCAGUUUUGCAGAAGCCAUCUUGCACGAGAUAGUGAGUCAAGCCAGCUUUGGCAAUGUUCGUGCAGGAAUUGAGCCUGUGCUCCUCCACCUAGAUUCUGCAAAAUUAUGGUUUCCAAGCGAGUUUGCUAUUCAUUGCUUCAAAAUAAUUCUAUAUUCAGUGCAGAAUCAAUAUUCAUAUCUGGUUAUUCAAAUGCUUCUUAACCAUUUGAACAAACAUGUAAACAGCUCGCUUGAAAUGAAAACAAAUGUUGUUGAAGUGAUUUCAACAUCUGUGGCUAUCGCAAGUGCCGAGUCAAUAGGAGCAUCAGUCCUAGAAGUCUUCAACACACUUCUGCAUCAUUUACGGCUAUCGGUCGAUGCUCGAGGUGAGAAUAGCCAAUCCCAGGAAGCAUUUGAGCAGGCUAUUAUCAAAACUGUUGGUAUAUUUGCUCAAGUAUUGCCGGACUAUCAGAAGUCUGAAAUCAUGAUGUUCAUUAUGGGAAAGCUGCCAGUGAAUACAAAAAACAUUUCCCAAAAGUACUCUUACCAAAGAAGCCAAUCAAUCGAGAGUGAUGAUCAUGAAAACAACCAACAAGAGGCUCUACAAGAAAUGUAUUUGCUUUGUAUUCUAAAAGUUGCUGUUGUUUACAAAUCCGAAAAACUGUCAACAACCUUCCCAGACACACUACUUGAUUCCCUUUUGAAAGUAUCCAUUUCCAGAAAUAUCCGUAUCAGUAAGCUUGCGCAUGAGAUCCUUCAAACUCUAUUGGAUAGACAAGCUAAUCUCCCAAAGCUCACAAUUGAUGGUUUAACAAAGACUAUUGAGCAGAAUGGUAUAGUCAUUAAGAAAUGUACUAAAGCAGAUAUUGUCUUUUUCCAAAAGAAGAAGGACGAGUUAUUUUGGCAUAUUUACCAAAGUGCAUCCAACCGUUUGAAUCGGUCAGAAAACAUUUUUUCCAUUUACAAGUCAUUAAUCUUGCUUUCUGUUGAAAUAAAUGACAGUGGUGUUUUGAUUGAAAUGAUUCGCUUUGUACUCAGUUUACAAUUGGUCAAUGGAGAAAACACUUUGACCAGGGCUAAAGUAGCCAUCCAUGCUACAGUUUGUGCAUGUCUGAAUUUCAUUGCAGAAUUAAUGGGUAUUACAAGGCUUAGGCGAUACAUUGCUUCAUGUAUAAAGAUGCGACAGAAUUACGAGUACCUCUCACCAUCCAAUGCAUUCACUGAAGAAGAGGAUCUUUCCCAAACAGAGUUCCCUGGAGGGUUGUUUAUAUCCCUUGAGGAUGUCAGCAAAGCUCUGGAAGAAGGAGGGUUUGAGACGAAGAUGCUGUCUUCACCAUAUGUUCCAGAACCAGUAUCAGAAUUGCACAAUGGACAACAAGAUGAGAAGUCACAAUCGCUUCGUUCAGAGACUGGUUCGCUUUCCUCUGCCGAGGGAGUGCAUUUCACCAUCGCAGAGGAAGUCACAUUCGACACUCUUAAAGACGUGUUGUAUAGGAACGCCAGUCAAUCCAUGGAUGGCCAUUUGGAUUUGUACAAUGCGACGUUCAACGACAUAGCGGCAGUUGCUGAUGGCCGGGCACGCGAGUUUAAUGUGAAGAUUGAUGAUGUUCUUGAAGCGUCCGACUUGAUUGUUGAGAUGAAUACGAUGAAAGAAACACCCAGUAUGUCAUCAUUACCUGGGGAAGAUAACUACGAAAUGAGAUUUUUAGACAAAUAUGUCUAUUAAAUUAAAGCAGAAUAAUUAGGAAAUUUAACUUUAUUAUAUAUACUAGGUAUGAUUAUUGUCUUGGUAAUAGCUGAUUGUCACUUACUGUAAGUCAAAAUGAGAAACAAGAAAUGGACUAUAGAAUUACGAGAAAGCUGAAUAAUCAGGUCAAUAUGAAAAAGAAAUGAUGGAGCAAUGUCACAAAUUGAAAUUAAAAUUGAAACACUCAGUAUAUAAUUUCAAUUUUUUCAAUGCAUGUUGUCACACAAAAGUUAC